AUGGAAGAAGUAUCUGCGGCAGCCAACUCUUGCGAUGAAUUACCGGCUUCGGCAGGAAUAAGGCCACUCACUAACUCUUGCCCGAGAGGCCAUUGGAGACCUGCUGAAGAUGAGAAACUGAGGCAGCUGGUCGAGCAGUUUGGUGCCCAGAACUGGAAUUCCAUCGCCGACAAGCUCCAAGGCAGAUCAGGGAAGAGCUGCCGAUUGAGGUGGUUCAACCAACUUGACCCUAAAAUCAACACAAGACCCUUCACCGAGGCAGAAGAGGAGCGGCUGCUGACCGCCCACCGCAUCCACGGCAACAAGUGGUCCCUCAUCGCCCGCCUCUUCCCCGGCCGCACCGAUAACGCCGUCAAGAACCACUGCCACGUCCUCACGACCCGCAGGCAAAGGGAACAACACUCUAAACUCCACCACUAUCAGCAAGCAAGGACGCCAUGGUCGAUGAUCAGCAGCUCCAACCACAACGUUAACGUUAACUCCAAUAACUUGAUGGAUAGAGUGAUAUUCUCACUCUCUCCAUCCACUAUCAAUAACUCAUCGUCGACAUCAACGAGCUUCUCCGAUAAUAAGCCAUUGAUGAGAGACUACUACUCCAGUUAUUGCUCUCCUACGACUAAUUCGUCUAGAUUUUACUCUAGUUACGUUCAGGAUCCAAAACUGGGGAGGCUAUUUAUUUAUGGGUAUAGUAGUGUUAGUACCAAUAGUCCUAGUAACACUAUUGCCCGUGGGAGCUUGUGGAGUUGGGUCGGGUCGUAUAAUAACCAGGCCUGCAGAGUGGUAAUUCCCAGCCCGGCCUUUGGGCAUUUGAAGGUUAGGGAUGAUGGUAAUGAAGAGAAAGAUGAUACUAAUGGUGGUGGCAACAAAAUGAGGAAGAAGGGAAUUGGGGAUGUUGUUGAUCAUCGAGAAUUAUUAUUAUUAUCCUCGAGUAGUAGGGAUGGAUUUCCUAAUCAGGUGAUGACGACAGAGCAAGCAGAAGAAGAUGACGGCAGCGACAAUGCUCCUAGGUUUAUCGAUUUUCUUGGUGCGGGUAUACCUGAGGAAUUUUACAAUGCUAUAUAG